AAGAGUGGAAAAUUUUUCUUCUUUUUGGCAUAUAAGUUGGUUUGUUUAUUGGAGCCUGCAGAGGAAAGGUGCAGCGGUGAAGGGAGGCACGGAGGGGAGAAGGAGAGGAGCCGCAGAAGCCGCAGCCCGCAGGCAUGGCUGGGGCGGCCAUUGGAGUGGUGGUGCUGUUCUUGGCUGCAACUUCAUUUGGGGCUAAUGCCGACACCGACUCAAAUGAUGCAAAUGCCCUCAAUGUCUUCUACACAACCAUGAAUUCGCCACCCCAGCUGACAAACUGGGUGUCCCAAAAUGGGGAUCCCUGUGGACAGUCAUGGCUAGGGAUCACCUGCUCAGGUUCCAGAGUGAGAACAAUAAAGUUAUCUGGAAUGCGGCUUAACGGCACCUUGGGGUACAACAUGAAUCAGCUGACUGCACUAGUUCAGCUUGAUAUGAGCAACAAUAAUCUCGGAGGCAAUGACAUUCCUUAUAAUCUUCCACCGAAUCUUGAGAGCUUAAAUCUUGCAGGAAACAACUUCACUGGGACUAUACCAUACUCCAUCUCCCAGAUGGUUGAACUUAGGAAUUUAAAUCUUAGUCACAAUCAGCUCUCGAACAUCAAUGAUAUGUUUAAUCAGCUCACAAAUUUAACACAAAUGGAUCUAUCAUACAACACAUUUUCUGGUAAUAUUCCACAAAGCUUCAACUCCUUGACAAGUUUGAAAACACUUUAUCUUCAGAACAACAAAUUUAGUGGCACAAUAGAUGUCCUUGCCGAUCUUCCUCUUACUGAGUUAAAUGUCGAAAACAACCAAUUCACUGGUUGGGUACCCGAUAAACUUAAGGGAAUCAGGAGUCUCCAGACAAGUGGAAACUCUUUUAACAAUGGUCCCGCUCCACCACCUCCACCAUCAUCAUAUAUACCUCCACCGCCCCGUCAGCCUUCUGUUCCACAUACCGAUGGUAACAAUAUCCCAGCCAAAGAUGAUGGCAAACACUCUAAACUGGGAGGUGGUGCGGUAGCAGGAAUUGUAUUAUGUUUGCUGGUUGUUGGUGCAUUUGUUGCAUUCCUUGUGAUCAAAAGGAAAUCUUGGAGGUUCUCACAAGGACAAGACCCUGAACAGAAUGAACCUCUCAGUCCUCUUGCUUCUGGAAUUAAACAGAUGAAAUCAAUUAAGAUCAUAUCAACAAUUGGCAAGGAAGAAUUGCAGAAAACUGUUUCAAUGAGUUUGAAGCCUCCAACAAAAAUUGACCUGCACAAGUCCUUUGAUGAAAACAAUACCACUAGCAAGUCUAUCACAAGGAAAGUAAGUUUGUCUUCCAUCACAAUACCUGCAUACACAGUGGCAGAUCUGCAGGUGGCAACAGACAACUUCAGUCCUGAUAGUCUCAUCGGUGAGGGAUCGUAUGGCCGUGUUUACAAGGCGAAAAUCAGUGAUCUGAAGGUCCUGGCUGUAAAGAAAAUUAAUUUUUCUGCAUUUCCAAGCCAACCUUCAGAUUUGUUCAUUGAAUUGGUUGCAAACAUUUCAAGACUAAAUCAUCCAAAUAUUGCUGAGCUAGCUGGUUACUGCUCAGAGCAUGGACAGUGCUUGCUGGCAUAUGAAUUCUACCGAAGCGGUUCUCUCCAUGACUUCCUUCAUCUGAAGGAAGAAAACAGCAAAUCAUUGUUGUGGAACAACCGUGUCAAGAUUGCCCUUGGAUCUGCAAGGGCAUUGGAGUACCUACACGAAACUUGUUCGCCAUCUGUGGUCCACAAGAAUUUCAAGUCAUCCAACAUUUUAUUGGAUAGUGAGCUGAACCCCCACAUCUCUGAUUCUGGGUUUGUGGGCCUUAUUCCCAACCAGGAAUUCCAGGAAUCAGAUGGGAACUCAGGAUACAGGGCACCAGAGGUGACCAUGUCCGGUCACUACUCCCUGAAGAGUGACGUAUAUAGCUUCGGAGUCGUCAUGCUAGAGCUCCUGACUGGCCGGAAACCGUUUGACAGGUCCCGAUCGCGAUCCGAGCAGUCGCUGGUCCGAUGGGCUACGCCGCAGCUGCACGACAUCGACGCGCUGGACCAGAUGGUCGACCCUGCGCUGCAGGGGCUGUACCCGUCGAAAUCCCUCUCCCGCUUCGCCGAUGCAAUCGCCCUUUGUGUCCAGCCCGAGCCGGAGUUCCGGCCGCCUAUGUCGGAGGUCGUCCAGUCGCUGGUCCGCCUCGUGCAGAGAGCGAACGUGACGAGGAUGCAUGAGAAUCACUCGCGGCGCCGCGGUGAGUCCGGCGGGGACUACGAAUUCUAAGCGAAACGAAACGGAGUUGUAUAUACACAUGCUCUGAAGAGUAUUCGGAGAACUUUGUUUGCCGUGCUCCAUGGCUGUGUUCGUCAGUGUCGUUUCGAAACUCACUUCCUCGACCUGUUCUUUCAUCUCAGCAAGUUAAUAGCGUCCCCCUUUACUGUUA